AUGUUGAUAAUACAUCUAAUGGAUCCAGCUGAACGAUUUGCAUUGAGUCUCACUUCGAAACGAAUGGAAAUUGAAUUGAUAAUAUACUCCAAACAUGGAACAAUUGUCGAGAACACUGCCCAAGCAUUUCACCGUCUUCAGAACACUACGAAAUGCAAUAAAAUUCAUUUUGUUCUGCAUGUUGCACAAAUCGAGCUAUCAUUUCUCAAGGAGCUAUUCUCGAAUUUCGAAUUACAGAGCUGGUGCAAACUCUCGUUGGUUGGAAGGAAGAUUGAGGCGGAAAGUGUGAAUUUUGUUUUGAAUACGCCGACUUUCGAUAAGCAUUUCUGGUUUUUGAAUGUUGAUAUGCCAGUGGAUUUCAGACAUGUUAAUGCAUUCAAAUUUCGAAGCAAUGACUACGAAGACGCUAGAUGGGCUCGGAUGGAGGAUUUACUGGAAAUGAAAAAUGUUGAAAAUGUGUCAUUGAACAAGACAAGAUUCACUUCAAGUGAUAUUCAAAACUACAUAACCCACUGGAUAAAUAAUGAAAACGAUUUGUUUGAAUAUAUGCAGAUAAGAACUGAUGGAGAUAUCGAAUUGGGUGGAGUGUUGGAUGACUUGGUGGUAUUGGAACAUGUCAUCGAACCGGGUUCUAUAUUCUUUGUACUUGCCAAGUCUCCCUCACGUGCAUACCCUCUACUAGCAAUCAGCUAUGCUUUCAAUCUCGUUAUACUAUCUGCCUGGAGACAAGAAGAAGUAUUUAACAGUAGAUAUGGAGAUGGUUUACAGAAGUAUGAGAACACUUAUGAGAAAUUGAAGGUUUUGGAGAGGAAGAACACGUUGGAAAGGGAAAUGGAGUUGGAGGAAACUGAGAGUGCUGAGCGGAAAAAAAUGAGCAAGGAACUUGAAGUGCUGAACGAGAAGAUUUGGCGUCUUGGAGUGUAUUUUCUUAAUGGAAAAGCUGUUACUAAUUGA